GAAGCGGGGCGCGGCGGCGGCGGCAUGGCGGCGGAGGGGGAUGUGGAGCUGGAGCUGGAGACGGAGCCCAACGGGUCCGGGGGUAGCGGCGAUGGGGCGGGCGGGCGGGCGGCAGAGAAGCCGCGGAAGCACGACAGCGGCGCGGCGGACCUGGAGCGCGUCACGGACUACGCGGAGGAGAAGGAGAUCCAGAGCUCCAACCUGGAGACGGCCAUGUCGGUGAUCGGAGACCGGAGGUCCCGGGAGCAGAAAGCGAAGCAGGAGAGGGAGAAGGAACUGGCAAAAGUGACGAUCAAGAAGGAGGACCUGGAGCUGAUCAUGACGGAGAUGGAGAUCUCGCGGGCGGCAGCGGAGCGCAGCCUGCGCGAGCACAUGGGGAACGUGGUGGAGGCGCUCAUCGCCCUCACCGACUGAGCGCGGGGCCCGCGGCGUGUUGCGCACCCAAUAAAGGCACCGGUGGGA